UGGGGGGUGGGCCAGGGAGAGGAAGGUUUUGGGGCUGCCCCCUAGAAGGGUGCUGUGGAUUAUCACAGCCCAGCAAGCCUGACAGGACGGUCGGGGCCCGUUAUUUCGUAUACAGUAUAUGUAAAAGGAUGGAAAUGGAGGGGUAUAGGAAGGGAGCUCUCUCAGCAAUCGGGGUGUGGUGUGUAUUCGUGUAUUUAUUUGAUUGCACUUAUUUAAUAAUAAUAAUAAUAAUAAUAAUAAUAAUAAUAAUAAUAAUAAUUUAUUUCUACCCCACCCAUCUGGCUGGGUUUCCCCAGCCCCACUGGGCAGCUUCCAACAAAAGAUUAAAAAUACAUUAGAAAUCAGUCAUUAAAAACUUCCCUAAACAGGGCUGUCUUCAGAUGUCUUCUAAAUGUCAUAUACUGUACGGUAGUUGUUUAUUUCCUUGACAUCUCAUGGGAGGGUGUUUCACAGGGCGGGCGCCACUACCGAGAAGGCCCUCUGCCUGGUUCUCUGUAAACUCGCUUCUCGCAGGGAUGGAACCGCCAGAAGGCCCUCGGAGUUGGACCUCAGUGUCCGGGAUGGACUAUGGGGGUGGGGAUGCUCCUUCAGGUAUACUGGGCUAUAUUUCCCACCUUUAUCUCCAAGGACCUCAUGGGGGGCAUAUAAUAAUAAUAACAACAACAACAACAACAACAACAACAAUAAUAACAAUAAUAAUUUAUUAUUAUAUUUUCCAACAGAAAAAUGAAAUAAAAUAAUCUAAGGUAAAGGAAAGGGACCCCUGACCAUUAGGUCCAGUCGUGACCGACUCUGGGGUUGCGCGCUCAUCUCGCAUUAUUGGCCGAGGGAGCCGGCGUACAGCUUCCAGGUCAUGUGGCCAGCAUGACAAAGCCGCUUCUGGCAAACCAGAGCAGCACAUGGAAACGCCGUUUACCUUCCCGCUGUAGCGGUUCCUAUUUAUCUCCUUGCACUUUGACGUGCUUUCGAACUGCUAGGUUGGCAGGAGCUGGGACCGAGCAACGGGAGCUCACCCCGUCACAGGGAUUCGACCCCCCGACCUUCUUAUCAGCAAGCCCUAGGCUCAGUGGUUUAACCCACAGCACCACCUGGGUCCCUAAAAUAAUCUAUUAAACAUUAAAAGCCUCCCUAAACAGGGCUGCCUAUAUAAGGUUCUCAUUCCCCUCUCCUCAUGUAACCCUCUCAACAGCCCUAUGGGGUAGGCUAGGGUGAGAGGCACUGACCAGCCCCCAAGGCAUGGGCAUAGCCAAGGGUGGGACAGGGGCGCAUCAAUAAAAAUACGUAACAAAACAAAAAUCCUGGCUACUCCCAUGCCCCAAGGUCACACGGAGUGAGCUUCAUAUAUCACUCUGAUCUCCCAGGUCCCAAUCCAACACUCUGCUUUUUAACUUGUUCCUGAAUGGUUUGGAGUUAGGGGUGAGCACUGUUCUUGUUAUUGUUCCCCCCCCCCAUUUGUUCUUCUGCUCCUCCUCACGCUACAGCUUGUCUCCACUGUUAAAACCCGGAUCCUUUUGUUGUUGUUGCUGCUGCUGGUAGCCAGAGAUUGGUUUUUAAACCUUUUCUGUGCCGUUUUUUUCUGGCGCUUUGGCAGACGCUGAUUGGGUGUAACAGCGUUCAUUUUUUAACCCGUUCUGUGCUGGGUUUUUUGGCGCUUUGGCAGACUAUGUCAGUGCUGCGUGUUAGUUUCAGCGAAGGUAUUAUUCGUCAUUUAUUUCUGUUCUCCAAAAAAAGCGCAGCAGCUUUGGGGCAUCCCCCCCCAAAAAAAGCAAAGCAACUUUUGCACCCCCCAAAAAAACCUCCAAAACUUUGGUCAGCAGCUCCCCCCAAAAAGCUCAACAACUCUGGGCACUUUGUGAUAAAUAAGGGUUUUUUGGUUUGGUUAGGUUAAAUAAUUAGUUUCUGAUUUAUUAAAUACAGUUAUAUAUUACAAUUAUACAUUUUGUUAUUUAAACUAUAAAUAUUGCAAAAUUAUGGUUUUUUUCUUGAAGUGACACACCACCCGAGUUAUGCUCGGUUUUUUUUGGCGAAUUUUGACACACCAAGCUCAAAAGGUUGCCCAUCACUGGUUUAGGGUUGUUGAUACAAGAGUUUAUGAAGACGUCCGAAAGGACCUCUCUAGUCUUGGGUGAACAGUGGCAAGAAGCCACAUGCAGUUCAAAUGUAAAGCAUAGCUGCCAAGUUUUCCCUUUUCUCGCGAGGAAGCCUAUUCAGCAUAAGGGAAAAUCCCUUAAAAUAAGGGAUAACUUGGCAGCUAUGAUGUAAAGUCACACACAUUGAGGCGGGGCGAUUCUUAAUUUCACAUACACACUCAUGAGGUCUAAAUGGGCGGUGAAUGACCAGCAAGCAGAUCCUGGGUUGUAGUGGAUUGCUCAAUGAAUAUGCCGAUCCAAGAAAUGGCUGUUGUGAAUUCCACACUAACAGUCAUUAUGAAAGAGAGAUAAAAUAAAACUGCCAGUAUUGUAAUGCCUUUGUACAAAUCUAUAACAUGCAUAUAUGUAUUUGGUUUAUUAUACAGUAUACAGCUUCAGUCCCACCAUCUCUAAAAGGAUAUAUUAGAGCUGGACAAAAUGCUGAAGAGGGCAUUUUGCACUGAACUGCAACUCAAAACCCACUUAUUUAUCGCAAAGUGCCAACAUGGCAAUUCAACCUGUAUAUCUCAUUUUUUCUGUGUGUUUCACGUUUCUUCCUUAUGAUUGCUGUUGUAAUAAAUAAUCCUUCAUAAAAGUUAUUGCAUUACAUUCUUCAUUAAAUUAUCUUUCCAUUGAUAUAUAAUUUUAUGGUAUAACUCAGUGUUUUUUUUCUUAAAAAUGCUUAGGGGUACUCUCAUUUUGGCUCAAGAAAAUCACCACCAGGGAAAAAUAAAUACAGUUCAAAUCGGGGGAAAUAAAUACAGUGAAUUUCUUCUCCCGUUAAAUUCACAAAAUGUUUAGGGGCAUGCAUCCUCCUGCGUCCCCACAGGAAGAAAGCACUUGUAUUACUCCAAAACAAAGUGGUGUUAUGAGCCAUCAAACCUCAGAAAUACAUUUUUUUCCAGAAGGUUCCACAAAUUUGGCCACUAGCGUACACUGGAGAGCUGUACUAAGAUACACCCUCCUAAUUUUUAAUAUGCGAUCAUAAUGAUUGCGUGUGCACAUACAAAUAUAAAUAAAUAAAUAAACCCAGCUAGGUGGGCAGGGUAUAAAUAUUAUUAUUAUUAUUAUUAUUAUUAUUAUUAUUAUUAUUAUUAUUAUUUGCUGUUUCUUUGGCUGCCAUUUGAUCCCCACCUCCACGGAAUGAAUUUCUCUUAUUGGCUUCCACAGGAAAGCCCAGGAAACAUGUAAACGCAGCAGCCCUUUCUUAGGUUGCUGUCUUCAUAUGUUUACUGACCUGGGAGUUAAGCCCUGCUGAACUCAAGGCGGCUUCCUCCCGAGUAGGAAAAACAGAUUGACGGGAGGCCCUGGCGCAUCAGAAGUCGAUGCCUGCUCAGCCCCUCUCUCGCUUGCCAGGCCCUGGUGCCGCAGGCUUUGGGCGGCGCAAGCCCUCCUCUCCUCCUCCCCCAUCCCCCGGCACGAAAGCUAUGGCCCUUCUGGGGCGACGGCGCGCCUGCCCAUAGAGAGGGUCUUGAGUGCCCUCUCUGGCACGCGUGCCAUAGCUUCGCCACCACUGAUCUAGAUGAACCAGAAGUCUUGUCUCAAAUAGAGAAAAGCUCAACUGGAAUGAUAAAGAGCCAUGCAAGAUCAAACAUAGGUCCUCCUUCAUUUCAGUAAGGCAGCCUUCACCAAACCUGCUCCCCGAUGUUUUGGGCUUCAUCUCCUGACUCUGAUGAGAGUUGGAGUCCAGAACAUUUGGCGAGCCCCAGGUUGGGGAAGACUGCAUGAAAGCUUGCAAACUAGGACGUUGUAGUGUUUGGUGCCUCGUUGGCCAGGUAAAUGUGUCUCCUGCCCAGCUGUCCUUAGGGACACCCCAAAAUCCACCUCCUCAUGCUCAGGCGGAUUUCCUGUAUGCUUGCAGGAGAGGCAGAGAACAGCUAGAGCUGCAGGGCUGGUCCUGUAACCUUCUUCCUGUGAACCCGGGGAUGGAGGAAGGCAGCCAUUUGUGUCUGAAUAGUGUGAAAAAAGGGCUCUUUAAAAUGUUUGCCUUAGUAUUCUCCAUUCUAUUAUUGUGGGUACACUUUUGUUUUUACAAUUCCUUGCAAUUAUAAUUCUUCCCGCCACUGAAGUUACACUUCAACAUUUUCUUUAAUUCCUCAUAUAUGCUGUUCCACAGUUCACUGACCUCUUUGCAGGUCCACCACAUAUGCAUGUACAAAUCGUACUCUCUCUCUCUUUUUUAUUUACUAAUUACUAAUGGUAGAAUACAUGCAGCUAGCAAAAAUGACAGGCAAAAUGAGAGGGCGGAUGAAACAAAAUGUCUACAGGGAUUGGGAAGUAUUUGAAGAAUAUCUAAAAAAUAACAAUGUAAUAAGAACUCCAGUGGCAAAACUAGACUGAGCUUGGUAAAUUAUUAACUGAUACUACAAAUAUGACAGAGAAUAUGAAUAGAAUAAGGAAAAAUGUAACUUAGAUUAAAAAAACUGUGCGGAAUUACUCAUUUAACUGAAAACGAUGCAGCAAGUAUAAUUGGAGGUCAACGGAAAGUGAAAAUAGUGUAAAAAUAGUAGAAACUGAAAUGAAUUGUAUGCGUUGGUAUUUGUAUUAGUGUUUGUGUUUGUGUAUUUAUGUUUGCUCCUUUUUUGAAAAUUUUCGUUUUAAUCAAUAAAAAAUAGAUCUUAAAAAAUAAAAAUAAUAAAAAUAAUAAUAAAAUGUUUGCCUUAGUGAGGAGAGGGCAUUUGGACUCUGCUUCUGAUACCAAAAUGGCUUGGGCUGCAAUGCUAGGCUUUUCCUGUUCUCAUGGGUAACUCGUUUAAUUGCAUGGUCUAUUCUUCUCCAAGAUAAUCAUAACAAUAAUAAAUUUUAUUUAUACCCCGCCCUCCCCAGCCAAACAUAUAAAACAAUUGAUUAAGAUAGAACUUAAAAACAAGAUUAAAUACAACAUUAAAAUUAAAAUGCAGCCUCAUACAGAAAGGGAAAGUGAGGGAGGGGAUCAAGUUGGGUCCAGGCCAAAGGCCAGGCGGAACAACUCUGUCUUACAGGCCCUGUGGAAAGCAAUCAGGUCCCACAGGGCCCUGGUCUCAUGAGACAGAGAGUUCCACCAGGUCGGAGCCAGUGUUGAAAAGGCCCUGGUUCUAGUUGAGGCUAAACUGACUUCCUUCGGGCCCGGGACCUCUAAGGUGUUACUAUUUAUAGACCUUAAGGUCCUCCGUGGGACAUACCGGGAGAGGGGGUCCCGUAAGUUCGAGGUUCCUAGGCCGUGAAGGGCUAAUAUUAAUUUAUGCUUCCUUGUUGCUUUAGCUCCUAAGGACCCAAGGUAGCCAAGCUCAUCCAUGGUGAGGGGUAGGGCUGGGCGAUAUAUUGAUAUCUCAUCCAAAACUGGUUUGAAGUCCAUAUCAUGAGAAUGUUUUUAAAACAUUUGACCUGGGAAUAUCAUGAUGCGUGUGUGUGCGCUAAGCAUAAAUCACGAUGCAGGAAAAACCGCAAAGCCAGCCACUGCCUCUACAUAGCUCCAUCCUUAUUUCAGACCUUGUGAUAUAUCAGUAUAUCACAAUGUUUGGCUGAUGGAAUUAUCACAGUGUUGCAAACCAGAGAUCGCCCAGCCCUUCUGUUCACAUCUGCAUAGUUCCAUCCUUAUUGCAGGCAUUGUGAUGUUUCUUGAUGUUUAGCUGAUUGUAAGGGGGAGGGAUUACAGAGAACCCCCCCCCCUUCAUCAGAAGCAGCCCGUCUCCAAGCAGCCAUGAGAGCGAGGGGUCUGAAGAGGUGAGUCAGGAAGCGGAGAAUGAGUGCCAGGGCUCUGGCAGGACUAGAGAGCCCCUGUUCCAUAGGCAAGAAGAGAGAGAGGCGGAAUGAGUGGACAGGAGUAGGGCAGACAGAAGACCAGUACCUCCGACGCCGGAACUGCGAAAGAGAAGGAAAGGGAGGCGCUUCUCAGUUCCGAGGCUUUUAUGCUGGUCGAAAACGCAAAAGAGUUUAGUGCAGGAAUCUGACUCAAGUGGGUAGACAUGAUAUGAGCAAUCCGUUACACUGUAAAUAAUGUGCACCAAUAAAAAUGUCUGAAAGACAAGCAUGUGGACGGUCGUUACUCAAGAGUAGUCGCAACAAACCCUGACACCGCAAUGUUGAAAGCCAGGUAUCGCCCAGCUGUACAUAGCUGCCAAGUUAUCCCUUUUUUUAAGGGAUUUUUCCUUAUGCUGAAUAGGCUUCCUCGUGAGAAAAGGGAAAACUUGGCAGCUUUGCAGCUGUAGUGCGGGGCUCUCCUUUUUACGGGAGCCCAAUGUUAAUAGCCACCUCUAGCGCAGAUCUCUGAGUGGCAGAUGCAUGGUGUGCCUGGGAAGUGCCGCUUGGCAUUGCUCCAAGCCUUGGGGCUGUUUGGGCCUCUCUUUUUAAUCCAUUAGCGUUAACUGCUGAUUCACGUAGUCGCCUCCACUGCAUUAAUGGUGUAUCGAAUUAGUGCUGAAUGAAUCAUUAUGGGGGAGAUUAGGAGUUGUAAUUAGUGUUAAAAGAGGAGUUUGUGGCCGCCCUGGACUGAUCUGGAAAUUAGCAGUCCUCAAGAAUGUGGGAGCUCUGAGUUGCAAACAGCCCCAUUGCUGGCAUUCGUCAGACAGUGAAUAGCCCUUUAGGAAGCUGGUUGACCCUUUGCACAGUGUCUAUCCAGAGCCCGAUAUUACCGUGCUUUAGAUAAUAUGGUGGAAGCCAAGUUAAGGGGCAGGGGUGGUGUUGGCUGAGCUAUUUUGAAGCCCUUUGUCUCUUCGAGGCAUCCAGUGACCCAGUUCCCACAUAAUGCUAAGCCGUGGUUUGUUUUAAUUGGGGUUUGUUCAACAAAUUACAAGUUGACGAUGAAGCAGAGGGAGAAGAGGAAGGUAGUGCUGGGCAAACCGUGAACAGUGUGGGUCUGGGUCUCUUGAGGGUACCGGUGUGUGGCUCGUAACCAGUGCUAUUUUCCUAGAAAAAGAGGUGCCAGAACCCGCCAUGAACACCUCCCUAGUUCUCUUAUACAGUGGUACCUUGGUUGUUGAACUUAAUCCGUGACUCCCGGAACCGUUUGAAAACCAAAACGCAGCUUCUGAUUGGCCGCAGGAGCUUCCUGCACUCAAUCAGAAGCCGCGUUGGAUGUUCAGCUAACAUUCGCUAACCGGAAAACAUUCGCUAACCGGAACACUUAUUUCCAGGUUUGCGGCAUUUGGGAGCCAAUUUGUUCGGGAGCCAAGCCGUUCAACAACCAAGGUACCACUGUAAUGGCAAGGGACUCAUCUGAGAGGUGCCGGAAGUGAGUUCCAGCAAGAUCUGGCUGAAAAAAAAAAGCCCUGCUCGUAACAAUCCCACCCCAUAUGUGUUUUGAGUUAGGUGGGAAUACCGUACUUUCCUACUAAAUGUGCUGAGGGCUGUGGUCUCAGAACCAGUUCCAGCCACUAAGUUGUGCAGGAUGCAUUGCGUGGAUCUGUACGGUUCUUGCCAUGCUGACUGUUUCAGAAGAAGCCCACAUCCGCUGCGACCUCCUUCAGUCCAGUUUUGGACAGCUCAGUGAUGGCAAAACAUGGCUCAGGUUGCAAAGUGAGGUGCGAGGUGAAGCCAAUUGAGAAUGUUGCUGGACUCAGCAUGUAUCAUCAUGCCAAGUGGCUGUGUGACCCAGGCUGAGAGUCUUUGGUUCCUCCUUGAGCGAUGGAGCUCUCUGGCCCUUCAGCUACACCCAUACAGCACCCCCCCCCCUUGAAUAGUUGUGUUUUACUAGACUGUAGAUGAGUUGUCUGCUCAUCAUCCUGUUUCUUUCUCCUCCUUCUCCCAAUCCCUCCUCCGGCAACCCUGCACAGCUUUUCCUGGACGAUGCCAAAGUCAAGAACUUCAUCACCUGUUUCAAAGUUGCACAGCCCAGGAGGAAGAUGCCAGAUUCAGCGCUUGCCUCGACCUUCCUCGACCUGGCGCCCUCCAGAGGCUCUGGACUCCAACUCCCAUCAGCCCCAGCCAGUAUGGCCAGUGAUCAGGGAAGACAAGCAGUUCCUGGUCUUCUUCUUCAAGCGGCUCAAGCUGAACCAGAGCGGGCGCUACGAAGCCGCCUUCCCCUACCUCUCGCCCUGCGGCCGCGAGCAGAACUUUGUCCGAUGCGACGACCGGCCGAUCGUCUUCACCCACCUCCUGCAGGGAGCGUCGGGCGAGGAGCUGUUGUCUUACUGUGGCGGAGCGGACAAGCUGGCAGUGCCCUUCCAGCCCGAGAAGCUGCUCAUGCUGCCCGAGAAUGGGCGCCUCUACCACCCGGGCCCAGAGAAAGCUGGCGGCGUUGGGCUGGUGAAAUCGGCCCUGGCCUUUGAGCUGAGCCCUUGCUUUGACUAUGAGCAAGGGCCCAGCCAGGCGCCCACACAUUUUCGCUGGCGUGACAGGCGCCAUGCCCUCACGAAUGAACUGCUUCCGUUUAUCCGAGACAAAAAGGAUGAGGGAACCUAGAACCGGCACUUGGAGGUGUUGGGUUUGCCAGCCUGUGAACUGCGUAGCCUUCCUGUUAUGUGGGAUGGCGAGGAGAGGCCAGUUCCCAUCAUUCCAUGUGCCUUGUUGAUCCAGGAAGCCAAUCUGAUGAAGAAUGGGAAAUGGGACACUGAUCCAAGGCCAGCUGCCAUCUUGGGAAGGGUUCUAGACAGAGUCUCUUGGAAUAAAAUGGUUCUGUCUCUUAUCCUCUAGGCCUGGUAUAUGUUUCAUUUGUUCCACUGUCAAAUGGCAUUUGUUCCACUGUCAAAUUAUUCC